AUGAACUAUCUCCAUCAUCCAUACGCCUUCGGCGGACAUCCUGCCGUUCCCCUCGAUCAGUCUAUCGCCUAUGAACAGGCAAUGGCACAUCCAGCCAUGAUGCACCCGAUGGACGGCUAUCUGUAUUCUCAUGCCCCAUUUGAAAUGGUCGACUACUAUCACCAGCCGAUCAUGGACUAUGAAGAAUACGCUGAGAACCUGUCUCGGCCAAGAUUAACCAAGGAGCAGGUGGAGACUCUGGAAGCACAGUUCCAGGCUCACCCGAAACCAAGCAGCAAUGUCAAACGUCAAUUGGCGGCUCAGACUAACCUGAGCUUACCCCGUGUUGCUAAUUGGUUCCAGAACCGUCGAGCCAAAGCAAAGCAGCAAAAGAGACAAGAGGAGUUUGAGCGGAUGCAAAAGGCCAAGGCUGAGGCUGAGGAAGCCGCACGGGGCAAAACAGAGGGUGCCGAUAACACAUCAGACUCGGAACAGGCUCUUCAGACACCUAAAGGAGAGAAGACAGAAAGAGUCAUUAGCACCAAGCAGACAUCCGAGUCAAGUAUACCGGAGCAGAAGAAAGCCUCGUCUUCAUCUCGUGCAAAGCAUCAGAAAACCAGGAGUGAGUCUGCCCGAGAGGCAACCUUUGCCUCAUUGCAAAGGGCCCUCAACGCCGCUGUUGCAGCUCGUGACCAAUACUCUACAGAAUGCGAGCGGGAACGGGGCGAAGAGAACAGCAGCGGAUCAGUGUCUCCGACGACCUAUUCUGCGAGUUCUCGGGCCCAUGACCACGACGAUACCGAGAGCAGCCACAGUACUCUCAACACCCCCUUUUCCGGAUGGGAGAGCGCCAAGGAUUCUUCGUUGUCCUGGACUUCCCGCAGCGCCCAAGAGCCUUAUGGUUAUUCAGAUCUGAAUGCGUCAUCGUAUUCCUCGACAGCUGUCAGCCAUGGGGAAGAGUGGACGAAUCAACUGACAACGUCGGCCGAAACCAUGCCUGGCCACCGUGCACCCAUUGACAUUGUUGGAUCGUCAUACGGGACAAUCCAUUAUUCUGUCAAGUCGGAGCUGUCGCGGCGGGAAUCCUCCGAGGAGCUUGUCGCCACGUUGCAAGGGAUCGGUAUUGAUACUACUGGCUCCCCCCAUGCCUUGUCACAGUCGGACAGCCGGUCAACAUCAUGGAGAGAGGCCGGCAAAGAGCUCGACCUUGCCUCUCGGAGAAAGCGACCACGGCCCGCGGCCAUUGGCACUUCGCGAUCGUCGUCCAUGCUGGCUGGUCCAUCUGCCAUGUCACCGACUACGAGGCUUCCAAAUACCGGCGUUGCCCAUGGAGUGCGGCAAUCCAAGUCUGCGCAGAGUCUUAGCUCUCGGUACGCUGGGGUAAGAAAGGCAUCAGCCGCUCAGCGGUCGCCGUUCAGCCUGUCUUCCUUCGCGGAAGCAGGCGCGUUGAAUAGCAAAACCGAGAUGUCGAACAUGCUUCAGCCUGCAGUCACAACCGGCUUGGCUCCUCCCACCCCACUGACUCCCGAAGACCUUCAUCACCUGAUUCCUACCACUCCGUCCGACGGGGGUUACUGCCUGUCGGCGCAGCCUACCAGCCAACUCUUCCCCACAUCCCAACCCAUGCAGAUCAAUAUUGCGUCACCCCCCGCCACACCGUUGGCGGUGGAUAUGAUGUCGUCUUACUCAUACCACGGCGUGGCUCCCCCCAUGUCCGCUCCUGCUCACUACACGACCUUCCCCGAGUAUCCGCCCUGCGACGGGGCUUCCUUGACAGGGAGGAGCUGGGCCGAGUCGACCUCCAUGCCUUCGCCAGAGCAAUCCUACCCCAGCCGCUGCCACAUUGACAUGUCGUCGGUGUCAUACGAGGCCGUGGACAGGAGCGUGGACAACGGGCCAGUGUUCUCUACCAAGGACAUCGACAUGCACAUGGUGACCGAUUCGGGGGCCGAGGAUGCGCGGUCAAUCGAGUUCUCCAUCCAGGAGUUCCCUGAACAACAGGAAGCCCAUCGGUUCGUGGCCCAGCAGCUGCCGUCGCAGAAACCCAAGGCGUACACCUUUGCGGCCAACUCGACGCCACACAAUUUUCAAAACUAA